AGCUGGAGCCGUGGGGCCCUGUGGGCUCAGAGCUCCGAUUGGGGCGCGGCUCGCAGCUGGAGGGGCCGCCCCGCCCGACCCGGACUCCCGGCUCCGUCGGGGGGGGACGCGGCCUCGGAGCGGUGCCGGUACCGGCUGCGGGCGGCCCAUGGGAAAGGGCGGACCUGCGUGAGUCGGGAGCGGGGCAGCCGGGGCCGCCAUGGAGGUGUGCGAGAGCGGCGAGCAGCCGCCGCUGCUACACUGGGAUCGCAAGUUGAGCGAGCUGUGCGAGCCCGCCGACCCUGACACCCUGCUGGGCCACACGCACUUCACAGAGUUCCUGGAUGAAUUCUCACCAGAUGUCUUAGGCCAGCUCUUGAAUGAUCCCUUCUUGUCUGAGAAGAAUGAAGUGAUGGAGGUAGAACUGUCUCCAGCAUCCCCAGCGCCACUCAUCCAGGCAGAGCACAGCUACUCCUUGUGUGGGGAUUCCCGGCCCCAGUCGCCACUGACCCACAUCUCGACUGAUGACAACUUUAAUGAAGGUGACCUGGAAAAUGAGGACUGGUGUCUGGGUUCAGAACUGACUCCAGCAGCAAUAAAGACUGAGCCAGCGUUGUGCGAGACGUCAGGCCUCACUCCCUCUGUCAGUCUCACUGUCACUGCCACGUCGCUGGACGGGGAACAAGCUGAGCUGCAUACUGAUGCCCUGAUGAAACCACUGAGCCAGAAAGCUCUUCCAGAAAUUAAAUUGGAGCCUCAUGAAGUGGAUCAGUUUCUGAACCUCUCUUCUAAGGAAGCAGUUGAUCCUCUGCAUUUGCCUCCAACCCCUCCCAGCAGUCAUGGCAGUGACUCUGAGGGAGGGCAGAGCCCAGCUAGAUCUCUCCCUCCUUCAAGCCCAAUCCAGCUGCAAGCCGCAGCUAAAGUGGCGUCACGCACAGCUUCAGCACUCUCCAAUUCCCCUCUCCUGACUGCACCACAUAAGUUGCAGGGGACUGGCCCACUCAUCCUGACAGAGGAGGAGAAGAGGACACUGAUAGCAGAGGGGUACCCAAUCCCCACCAAACUGCCCCUGACAAAAGCAGAGGAGAAAGUGCUGAAGAAAAUCCGCAGAAAAAUAAAGAACAAGAUCUCUGCCCAGGAAAGCAGAAGAAAAAAGAAAGAAUACAUGGACAGUCUGGAAAAAAAAGUUGAGAACUGUUCAAAUGAAAACAGUGAGCUACGUAAGAAGGUGGAAGUCCUGGAAAGUACUAACAGAACACUUCUGCAGCAGCUGCAGAGACUCCAGGCCAUGGUUGCUGGGAAGGUGUCCCGUUCGUGUAAGGCAGCUAGCACACAGACAGGGACCUGUCUUAUGAUGGUGGUGCUGUGCUUUGCAGUUAUUUUUGGCAGCUUCUCUCAGAGCUAUGGACCAUAUCCUUCUGCUACAAAGAUGGUGUUGCCCAGGCAGCAUUCCUCACCAGAGUCCUACACAGACUCCAUUGUGAGGUCACGGAGUCUGCUAAUUUAUGAAGAGCCUCACCAACUGGAGGAGUCGUCAGGCCCGAUCUCAUCUGCAGAUCGAAACGACAGGCAUGCAGACAUCCCCAAGUAUGCAGCGCUAGCUCUGGAAGCUGUGCCAAUGAUGCAGAGGGACGAUAUCAUGGAGUUCACAAUAGCCAAUGAGACACGGCUAGAGAAAUCAGUGCUGCUGGGCCUACAGCAGCACAGAGUCAACUCUGAAAUAGAAGGAAACAAAACACUGAAGAUAAUUGAAAUAGAUAGAAGAGUCAAUGCCACCUCUUAAAAAUAAAAAAGCCUUUUUUCUUGACUUCCCUCUUUCCCAAAUAUUUUCAACCAAAGUCCCCCUGACUUGUCAUCCUCAGUGAACCAAAGCACAAAAGAGGGAGUUGACCAAAUUCUGCAUUGACUGGUGAGACUGUGACUGCAGAUGGAAUCUCUUGUCUUGUGACUCCUUUCUUUACUUCACACAAUCCCUGUAUUUGCUUUUAUUUCUUUCCUGUCUGGUAAUACAAGGGCAGGGUUGAAUUAUGAUUGCAGAUGAUACCAGCAGUGUGCUGAUGAUUGAUCUCUAUACGUGUAUCAGUGCUUGUGUAUAUACAUCAUCAUCUGUGUGUAAAGUCAUUGGGUAGAAGAGUGGAAUAUGCAAAACUUAUGGGAGCAAGUGGCUGAUGGGUUUCUUGGGAGAAGGUAACUAAGAGAAUAGCAGAGGCAGCAUGAUGCUGCUCAAGCUUUAGUCAUCGGUCUGUAGCAUUUGAGCCUUCUUGGGAGGAAUGAGAAGCAUAUGCUUCAUCUGCCUUUGAAAGCACAAGAAUGGGCCUCAGUACUAUUUUGUUAACAACACAGGCAGGAGAGGUAUGGACAAUGACAGUGCUGAAUCAUCCUCCCCUACAUCUUUCUCUCUUCUCCUCACCAGUGCCUAUGCCAUUUAGUGUGAAACAGGUUUCUCUUUGCAUUGGAAGCAAAUGUGGUAGGUGUCCCUACAACUUCUACCCCUAUGGAAUUCAAGCAAAGAUCCGUCACUGUCUUGUCACACUGUCACACAAAUGGAGUAAUCUAACAGAUUCUGUUUAGAAAGCAGUUUUUGUUAACUUCAGGCAGUGUUUUGGGUGGAUGUUCCUUAGUCUGCUUAAGGCUAAUCUGUUUAGUUCAGAUCAAUUCCUUCCCAACAAACUAAAUCAAUGUUAAGUCUUAAACCAGAAGUGCCUCCUGGGAGGACCAUAUGGAUUUUAUUUAUUGGCUUCUAGUUGCAUUGAUGGAGUUUCUCGUGUAGACCAAGUCUUGUGUUUCCUUUUCCUUUUCCAUUUUUCCCCCCAUCUUCCUGUUACUGUUGUAAAUAGUAUUUAUUAGCUUUGCAAGAUUUUGUUCAAGGAGUUAUAUUGGAUUAACCUUCCCUAACCCUGCAAGUGAUCUUGGCAAGCUCUGAAAUUGGACAUAGAAAUAUCACGGAGCAUUCCCUCCCUCUAAGCUUGAAUUGCCCUAAAAUAGUCAUAGGCCUUCUCUUCUUCAUGUGUCCUUUUCCAGAGAUGGGAUCUUAGACCAACUGUUUAACCAAAUAAGGUGCAUGCAAUUCAGGCCUGGAGGUGGUCAGUUGCUGUAUUAACAUAUGACAAGGAAGUCUCUGACCUGAAGAGUUGGUAUGUAGGCAGCAAAGCAAAAAAGGAAUGAGUCAGGCACGUAGAUGGGUGAAGUGACUGGCCCGAAAUGUAGUGGAAAAACUAAGAACCACAUUCAGAUCUGAUCCUAGUUCAGUUCCGUCCAACACUUUGCCUUGUUUCCUUCCUCUCCCAUGCAGCUGUCACUUAAGACUUGUCCUUCUAUUAGUACCCUACUCAUGCCUUUGCCUGAGUUGUGCUUCUUUGAAUUGGUCUUUGGAUCGGCACAGCCAAUUCUAGCCCAUGAUAUGAGCAGGAAUUGCUCUUAUCGCUGCAGAAUGGCCCUCAUACUUCAUUGAGGAUGACUUUAAUGUGAAAAUCUUAAUUCAGCUAACUAGCUAUUUUACAGUUUGACGUAAGUCAAUUAAAAAAAAAGAAACAACAAAACAAGUUUGUAGCUUUUUCUUACCCCUCAUGAUAAACAAAGGAAAAACUAACUUAGCCUCACAAGUUAUUUUUUAAUAUGUACAGUAGAUAUUUCCAGCUAGUAUUCUAUUUUGUAAAAUAUUGGAUUUGUAUUCUAUCGUAGCAGCUGCCAUGCCUGCUCCUUUCUUGUUCUUCAUUCUUUUUAGCCCUUCUUUCUUUGCUGUCCUAUUUGCUAACUGCUCUUAGGCCUAGCUCAAAACUCAAUGAAAGAAAUGGAAGCAAUGUGGUGGAUAACAAAGGGCUUUGGUUUGCCUCCCGUCCUCUGCCCCCCCCACCACAAUGAGAGUGAAAUGUAUGCCCGACUCCAUGAGCUCAUAGUGAGUGCUGGUGUACAGAUGUACUUUUUACUUUAUGCCCUGUUCAUCUGUGCAAGUGCCUUUUUACUAAUUUACCUUUGGUAGGAAUGAGAGAAGAUUGCCUUUGUUAGACCAUUUUGUAAAAAAUCCCUUUUUGGUGUGGAUCAAUGAACCUUUAAGGCUUCUUUCCCUUUACAACGAUCCUGUUUGGUCCUCUGCAUUAUCCCAGUAUCACGCAAUGGCUUUUGGAUGUUUUUAUGAAGCAAUGAUACGAGGCUUCAUCUGAAUAGCAGACACGACUAGUGGGUGUCACCGAUGGUGCCACAAGGGAUGGCUGCAUAUUUCAGCCACAUGAGGUCAGUAAAGAGUCAUAGAAUCAUAGAAUGGUUUGGGUUGGAAGGGAGCUUUAAGAUCAUGUAGUUCCAACCCCCUGCUGUAGGCAGGGACACCUCCCUCUAGACCAGGUUGCUCAAAGCCCCAUCCAGCCUUGAAUGCUUCCAGGGAGGGGGUAUUCACAUCAUCAGAAGGCAGCCAUUGCCAGUGUCUCGGCACCCCCACAGAGGUGUCAGGAGAAAGCUGGGACUGAUUGUUCAGCUAUGAUGGCAAGGUCAUAGAUUAGAACAUUCCUUUAGUGGUCUUUUUGUUUCAGAGCACCCAUGGUUUGCCACCUCUGAAUGAAACUGAACACUUAAGGCUUCUGCAAAGGGGACAUCAAAUUGUCAAGCACAACACUGCUUUUAAUUGGGUUGCAGUUUGCACUGUGCAUGAACAGAAGGCCAAACUGCCUGAGCUCGUACCCACUGCCAGCUAAAUGGAUCACCUCCCAUUGCAGAUACUGCUGACUUCAUUGUAUUGAAAUCAAAAUUGAAUUUUUUCCCAAUACUUCAAAGAGACAAUUUUGCAAUACCCAAGUAACCUCCUUCUCUGUGACCUCCUGCAGCGAUCCCUAUUGACACUUUGUCUUCUUAUUUGCUUAAUAUGGACCUAUCCAUUCAAAUCUUAUCAGGAGAUAAUCAUGUUUUCAUCUGAAACAUUUAAAAUUGGUCAUAUUCAGGGUCAGACCCUGCUGAACUAAUUCAUCUGAACCAGUCUGGCAACACUGAUUUUAACUGUUGAAUAAUUUCUUUCUCUAAUCCUCACCUGUCUCAUCCUUUAAAUAAUUUUUAAGUACUCUUGGGAAUCCCUUGAGCUAGCACACACUUUGUUUGUGGAUUUUAUUAUUAAAUAGUAUUUCUUUAUAGUAAGGAAAUCCUUUGCUUUUCUUUGGUAUGUUUGUGACCAUUUUUUUUAGGGGCCUUAGUUGAACAGAUUUCUCUUUGAGACAGUAGGAGCCAAGUAUCUCCCAUCAUCACCCUUGCAUGGGUUGCUAUAUGACAAGGACCUGCUGCCCCUGGGGUGAGCAAUGGCCCACUGGGAUCCAAGGGGAAAUGCUGUUGCAGAGGAAGCUGUAUGUGCUAAGGACAUUGGUAAGAAGCAAUAAGGGGUGUUCAGGGAGGGAAGAUGCCAGUACGUAUAAUGAUUUCAGCCAUAUUAGUUGAGUCUGUAGCCUAACAGUACGACUUUUGCUGUGGUCAGUGACAUGGGAUGACGUGUGUAUGGACAGGGCAGGCAGAGGCCUUGUGCUUCCUGUUAUCCACUUCUAUUAGGGGACUUAAGCAGUCCUUGGAGUCUUUAGCUGCAACUUUGUGCUGUUUGACUGCAUGGUUCUAUGCUAGUAAACUUCACUUUUGGCCCAUAGUGUUAAAGCAUGCCUAGAUCUGUCAGUUCUUUGCUUCUAGGGAGAUAAGCUAUGAAGGAAUUAGGGCAUUAUUUUAUAUAUAUAUAUAUAUAUAUACAUAUAUAUUUAAGAAGUAUUAGGCACAGGGCACGUGACAGUUCUAACCUUGUUACCUCUGUGUAGAUAAUGUUGGUGUUGGGUUUUUUGUUUUGUUGUUUGAUUUACCAGGCUAUUUAUAGCUCUUUGCUGCAUUUCUUUUACUUCCUUCUCACCAUUCAGUGUUUUCCAGCAGCACGGACUGAUAUUGGAUUAGACUGAGGUUCUGAGGCCAGCUUCUGGCUGAUGCAGCACAGCUUCUCACUCACUGUUCACAGGCGCUGUAGGUUGAUCCAUGAUGGCAGGAGACCUCUUCCAUAGCCCUCUGUGUAAUGGUGUGUCCCAAUGCAAGCUUACUCCUGAUUCCUUUAAUGUAGAGCUGAGAAAAAUCCCAAAACUUUCCUUUUCCUGCUGAAAUCCCCAUCUCUGCCCCCAUCAGCAGAGAGCUCUGUCUGGUGCAUUUAGAAUGUGGGUCAAGUAAAUGAAUGAUACUAAUUGCUAUGUUGGGAGGGAUUUCCUCUGAGUAUUUGGGCUCUAGAUUCUAGCUUAUGGCAAGAGGCCAUUGUACAAAACUCAUGCAGCUAAGAACAGAAGCAUACAGAGUAUUUUUAUACUUGGGUGACUAAAAUAUUUCUUUCUCAAGUCACUAAUUAGAAAGGGAACAUUUUGUAUUUUGAAGGUGAAGUAGUAGGUCAGUUCUUUUAACUACGAAAGUGAUGGUAGCCUAUAUAAGUAACAUUGUGCUAUGGUGCCACUGCUUUACACUGUAGUAUUGAGGGUAAACAGCUUUGGGGGUUGAAGAGGUGCCUGAACUGGCUCAUGUGCUAAAGGCUUUAUAAAUAAGAGGUUAGGAUUCAGUCAAUGGGCCAGGACUGUAUACUGUUACAGUCUACAAAUCAACAGUGGGCAUCAAGUUUGUGAUCCCAAUUAACACUGCAUUGCUAAGAUCAGCGUCCAUUGGAGACUACAGGAUUUAGAGGGGAAUUGCCAUCUGUUUUUGUGGUUAUCUUAUCAGGCCUGAAUUGACUUUGUAUAUAGAAAGGAUUGCAUCUUGCAAAAAAACCUCAUUUGUGAUGCAGAAAUAGUUUGGGUAUUACUGUAAGUUAUUGUGUACUGGUGGUCUCUGCUCUACCCUAAAGCUCUUCCCCAUGCUCAUCCCCAGGAGCUGGAACUGUAUAGGUAAGAACAAAACAUGGGAAAGCUGGACUUCCUAGAGAAACAUCCUAGUUCCUAAUUCCUUAAAUCAGUAAUGAUAGUCUUUUCCAUUAGUUCCCAACUUGAUUUCUCUUUACUUUUCCCCUUGGUCUUCAAUGAGGUGUAGUCCCGUUUAUGUCAAAUGAAUGCAUACCUGAUCGUUACUGUGUAUGCCGCCUUCCCUUCCAACCUUUCAAAUAAGUGUCCUUCUAUAAAGGCAUCUACCGGAGCACCUCAGGCACAUUCCUCUUGGUGCAGCAGAAAGCCCAGGUGCUUCUCUCUUACCGCCCACAUUCCACACUGUGAGUAAAUAUAAAUCUGUCGUGUGGAUCGCUGUACGAUUUCUGUCCUAUUAGCAAAAGUCAACGGAGAGCUGUUAAACUGUGUCCUUUUGUGUGUGUGCGUAGAUUGGCAGAUCUGUAGGGCAACCAUGGCAUGGUACAAAAACAAACCCCAAUAUUGCUGUAUCUGGUCUUCAGAUAUCAGUUUUGUGGUGCAGAAUUAAGUUUCAGAAUCAGAUGCUUUCUUCUUAAUGUUAUACAUUUGAUAUAAUAGUGUAAUAAUAUGUUAUACUUUUUAAAAUGGCCUUAAAAAAAAGGGAGGAUGGAGAGUUGUGAGGACCCAUGGAGGACUUGGCAUACCAUUGCCUGCAGCACCAUGGCCUCUGCAAGGGCUGUGCCACAGUAUGAGCACAUUGCAGCUCCAGUGAGGUUUUGCUGGGCAUUCUGAAGGGCAGGUUACCUGAUAUUACUCUUUGGAGAGGAACAGAGGCCAAACUCAUUGCCUGGGGCCAUGAGAAGCAAGACCCUGUGACUCUGAGUCAUUCUGUCUAUGACACCCUGAAAGAGUUUCAGCUGAUCAUUUCCUUUCCCUCUGUACACGUGGAUACUGUAUGAGUUUGUGCAAACUCUUAAACAGAACUAUCUUAGAUUAAAGAACGGUGAUACUAGUGCAGCAGCAUCUCCCAAAUUCUUUGAUAAACUGUGUUGUAGCCUUUCCUGACCACAGAAAUCACCAUGCUUUUGCCAAAAGCCCAUUUCAUUCUGUGUAUGUGUGCUCGAUGGCCUCUCUGUCGCUGUCACCUGGGUGAAUUCCCACCUGACUGUUCACCUGCAACCAUGUCCAUUGGGUAUAAAGAAGUUGCUGCCUUUUCCUUUUCAACUGUCGACUUGGUUCUACAAGAGAACAGAUUACCUGCCUUUGUAGCCUAAACAUGUAUGUACGUAGCUAAGUAUGUUAUGCUUUUCAUUUCUUUCAAAUAAAUAUUUUCUGUAGAAAAAGCA